GAUGAUGAUGAUCAAGACAACUAGAAACAAGGAUAAUCACUCAAUGCAAGAACAUUGUUCGGUUGUUUGUUUGAUGGAUCGACAAAUUUUUUUCUCCGUUUUUUUAUUAUUUUUCUUCAAUUUUUUUCAUUAUGGUACUUGUUACAUCAUCGCAUUGAAUUUUUUAAAAUAAUCAGUAACGUUCUCUUUCGCAAAUUGACUUGUUUUCCUGUGAUUCCCAACGAAAAUUUUCAUCAUUAAUCAUAGUAAUAAUCUGAAUCUUGGUUUAAUCCAUCGAUUAAAUCUAGGGCCAUUUAUUGACGAUAACAUUAUGGAAAUUGAAAAUGAGCAUCAACAACAACUACAACUAUCUACAGAAUCAACCAAUAUAAAUGAAUCGGAAAAAUCGAUAAAUCAAUCAUGGCUAAUGGUACCAAGAAACGAAACAGGAACAAAUAAUAAGGUUGAUCAUCAAUCAAAUAAUAAUCAACAGCCAUCUGUAGAUUUCGAAGAUGAUGAACGUCUUUGUUCCUUACCAAUACCUGAAGUAAUUGAAAUGUUGAAAAAUUUAGCUGCUUGUAAUGAAAAACUUUACAAAUGGGAACAAUCAACAGUUAAAUUGGAACAAAUACCGUUCGAUGAUCCGAAUAAACAACAGCUUAAUGAAAUCAUUAAUUUUGUCAACCAGAAAACCUCAACUCGAGAAAAGUCCAUUUAUCUAUAUCAGCAAUUGGGCCGUAAAUGUAAUCAACAUGGCAAUUAUAUUGGUGCUGCCAAAGCAUUCGAACGAGCAGCCAUUUUAUUGAUGGAUCCAACUGACCAAAAUGAAAUGAAUAAUGCAGAUGAUCAAACCAUUAAGGCAACGAUUGAAUGUCUCGAAUCGGCCAUCCGUAAUUACGAUGCCAUUCAUAAAUAUAAACAUGCUGGUACAUUACAUUAUCGGUGCGCACGAAUAUUACGAUUAUUGUCGGGAUUUUCGCACGAACAAGUGGAACAACAUCAUAUCAAAGCAUUAGAAUAUUUCACCAAACCAGAUCAUGAACUCAAACAAAGAAAACGAAUUGAUGGUCUUAAAAUUAGCUGUUAUUCAUCUUCAUCGACUUGGGCACGAAUGAUAUCAUCAUCAUCAUCAUCGUUAUCCAAGAUGUUCAACACGCGAACAAUGAAAAAAAACAAUACAAACAACACAUUAACAACCACCCAUCAUAAAACGAUAACGACAACCAACCAUCAUUUGAUCAAGUUUCAUGAUUAUGAGGAUGACGAUGAUGAUGAUGAUGACGAUGACGAUGAUGAACUGGUUACACUUGUUGAGUCCGAUGUUGAAAACGAUAAUCAUCUAGUCAAUCAUAAAUAUAUAAAUGGAGGAUCUGAUCGGUCGAAACGAAGAAAAACGCUUGCCAAAAUGAAUAAUAAAAGCAAUAUUCCGAGUAGUAACAAUUCCGGCUCAUCCUCAUCAUCAUCAAUAACUUCACCAAAAUCAACGUCGUUUGAUUUCAAUCCGUGUGAAGCUGCAGCAAAACCUACUUUGAAAAAUUACAUAGAUAAACAUUUCAUGAACAAUCCACUUGAAAAUGAACAACAAGAUGAUAAUAAGGAAGAUGCUGCUAUGAUAUAUAAUGAAUCAUUGUCAUCGACACCAACAACACCAUCAUCAUUACCAUCACCAGAUUCGAUCCGAACAUUAUCUUGUAAUACUAGUGGACAGCGAUCAAUAUCUCCAACUCGUAAAUAUCACAAUGAACAUCGUAGUACAUCAUGUCAUAAUCUAGAAUCCUCAUCCCGAAAAUACUUGCAUCGCCAUAGUCGACAUCAUCGAUCAUAUGCAAGUUAUCAUCAUGAUUCAAGCAAAUCCAGUCAUCAUCAUCAGCGUUCGGAUAAUAAUCAUCAUUAUUCGAAACUAUCAUCAUCAAACACAGCCGUUUUUCGCUGUAUUGAAGAUCGGAUCGAAUCUGCUAAAAAAUUAGUGAAAAAACUUCAAAAAUUAUGUCCUUUCUAUGAUGUUACUACUACGGGCAUCGAUGCUGGUCGUGUUUAUUGCCGAAUUUGCGAUCGUUAUUUAGGUGCCGUUAGUUCCACACUGAAGAAUCAUGUCAACACACAAGAACAUCGGCAAGCAUUUGAAGAUAGUCAUCAACAGCAGCAAUUUGCGACGACGGCAUUAGCUGCGACAAAUGAUGUCAUAGCGACUCCACAACUUUCGUUUGGCGCGACAUCAGUUACACCAAGUGGCCAGUCGAUAAUUUCUUAUCCGACGACCAACAGUGGACAAGAUGUUGGACAAAUGAGCAAUUAUGUUGCUGUCAAUACCAACAUCAUUACACGAUCAUCACAAUCUUCGAAUAUUCUUGCUAAUCAACAGCAGCAACAUCCAUCAAUUGCAUCUUCAACAAAUCAAAUUCAAUGGCAUAAUCAGCCUACCGUUCAGAAUGAUACAACGAACAAUAACAGAGAAUCUGAAUAUCCAGCACAACAACAAAUAUAUCGAUCCACCGCUCCAACAGUUGUGGUCAAUACAAACAAUGUCCAGCAGCAAUCAUUACCAUUCGCAGCUGUGCCUGCAUCGACUGCAUCCAUACAAUUAAACCAUCAUCAUCUUCAAUCUUAUAAUCCAUUUACUCAUCAACAGCCGCAACAGUUUAAUUCGCAGCAACAAUCACAACAAUAUGUUUCGAUCAUGUCUGCUCCGGCAACAGUUCAACAACAACAACCGAACGGUCGAUCAUUGUCCACAACUUUUCAUUAAUUCAUUACAUUUUAUUUUUCGAUUUUUAGGUGUUUUAACUAAUAAUAUUUUUAUCUAUUCAAAAUGA